CUCCCCAAGACUUGUCCAAAAAAAAUAAAAAAAUCAAAGCCAUCAGUGAACUUCAGUUCAGAUAAGGUUUCACUGAAAACCCACAGUGACCUCCCUCCACUCCUCCCUGAACCACCAACUCCCGCCACCGCCACCGCCUCCGCCACCAUGCUCUCUCUAGCCCUCAUCAACACCACCCACCCCCACCACCACCAAUUCUUCAAUCCCACCACCACCAUCCUCAAACCCCUCACUUCCUCUCCCCUCCACCACCCUUGCCGCCACCACCGCCGCCACCACUCCGCCGGCCCAAGGCCCAUCUCCGCCAGCCUCAACCCGAACCCUCUAAUCCCGGCCUCCCCUCCGCCGCAGCAGCAGCGGCCCUACCAGCCCUUCCGCCCUCCCCCUCCCCGCUCCUCCCAGUUCCGCUCCCUCGACACCGCCAGCCGCCUCGACACCCUCUCCAACCGCCUCGGCCUCUGGUUCGAGUACGCCCCCCUCAUCCCCUCCCUCAUCCAGGAAGGCUUCACCCCUCCCUCCAUCGAGGAGGUCACCGGCAUCUCCGGCGUCGAGCAGAACCGCCUCGUCGUCGCCGCCAAGGUCCGGGACUCCCUGAUCCAAUCCGACAUCGACCCGGACGUCGUCGCCACCUUCGACAUCGGCGGCGCCGAGCUCCUCUACGAAAUCCGGCUCCUGAGCGUCGCGCAGCGGUCCGCCGCGGCGGAAUUCAUCGUCAGGAACAAGUUCGACGCGAGGGGCGCGCAGGACCUCGCCCGCGCCAUGAAGGAUUUCCCCCGCCGGCGCGGGGAUAGGGGAUGGGAGAAGUUCGAGUAUAAAUUGCCCGGAGACUGCUUGUCUUUCAUGUAUUAUAGGCAGAGCAGAGAGCACAAGAACCCGUCGGAGCAGAGGACGGCGGCGUUGGAGCAGGCGCUGAGCGUGGCGGAGACGGAGAAAGCGAAGGGCGUGAUCCUGGAGGAAUUGGAAGGGAAAGGUGGUGAGGGAGAUGGAAAAGAAGGGCAAGUGCAGGAUGGGAUUCGGGUGCCGGUGGUGAGGAUGAAGACGGGGGAGGUGGCGGAGGCGAGCACGGUGGCGGUGUUGCCGGUGUGCCGGGUGGAGGAGAGGGAAAGAGAGGUCCUGGAGGCUCCGUGGCGGUGCAAGAGCGAAGGGGAAUUCGGGGUGGUGGUGGCGGAUAAAGGGUGGGCGAGGUGGGUGGUUUUGCCGGGGUGGGAGCCGGUGGUGAGACUGUCCGGCGGAGGAGUGGUGGUGUCGUUCCCGGACGCGAGGGCCUUGCCGUGGAAGGUGAACAGGUGGUACAACGAGGAGGCCAUCUUGGUUGUGGCCGACCGGGGGAGGAAAGAGGUGGUCGAGGACGAAGGCUUUUAUAUGGUGGCGGUGGAUGCCGACGAUGACGCCAACGCCGCGGGCGGCUACGGAUUGAAGGUGGAGAGAGGGCGGAGUUUGAAGGAAAUGGGGGUGGAGGAGAGCCUAGGGACGGUGGUGCUGGUGGUGAGGCCGCCAAAAGAAGAGAUUGAGGAUCAAUUGAGUGAUGAAGAUUGGGAGUGAGAGGCAACAGCAUGAACGUGAGGAGUUUAUUGAUGUGUACAAUAUUGAUACAGAUCAAUAUGCAACUUUUUUGGAUCUGAGACUAUGGUGUGGAGACAUCAACUUUUCAGGUUGAAAAGGGUUUUUAUAAAAUUACCCAUUUUGGAGAUUGGAAGGAAACCUCUUUUGAUGUUUCCUCUGUUGUUGUCUAAAUACCAGACUUUGUUCAAUUGGCAGUUUUCCCUUUAUUCAUUAUGAGGGAGGGAGGGGGUAUGCCUCUUUACACACGUAUGAAAUUCGACAUGUAAUAACAUCUUUGGAGAUUCAUUAAUCUUCUGGUU